AUGUCGACUACCGACAGCGGCACGGGCGGGAUCAGUGACCGCGGGCCCAGCGUGUUCGCCGUGACGACCGCGACUCUGGUCCUGGCUUCCGUGUUCGUGGCUGCGCGACUGUACACUCGUCUUGCGAUUGUACGACAGAUCACCUGGGAUGACUGGUUUAUCAUGCUGGCUUGGGCACUCGCCUUUGCCGUCAGCUUCACGAUUGAUUACGGUACCCGCAAUGGCCUGGGAAGACAUGAUAAGGAUAUCCCCUCAGCCGAUUGGAAUGUUCUGCGACGCUGCGAAUACGUCUUCUCCGUCUUAUAUAACCCUGCGUUGAUGGCUACGAAAACAUCCAUCUUGAUCUUUUACCUGCGGCUUGCUAGGAAUACACAACAGGUCCUCCGUCUAGCCUCAUGGCUGGUAUUGGGAGUUGUCAACGUUGCCGGGACCGUGUUAACCUUGAUCAAUAUUUUCCAAUGCCGACCCGUUCAAGCCGCAUUCGACAAAUACCCCUACCAAGCUCAGUGCAUACCGCUUCUGACCGAGUUCAUAUGUUCGGCGCCCGUCAACAUUGUGACCGAUCUCGCCAUACUGGCGUUACCGCUACCCGUCCUUACCGGCAUGAGACUCCCGUUCCGCCAGAAAAUGAUUCUCGUUUUUACCUUCACCCUGGGUAUAUUUGUAACGGUUGUGGAUGUUGUCAGGAUCUACUACCUGCAGCAGGCUAUAACAGACGUGUCUUCCGGGCUAUCCAACAAUCCAGAGGCGACUUUCGGCGACCAAGCCGAGUUUGCUUUCAAUGCGUCGUUAUCUCUGAUGUGGUCGGCUGUCGAGGUCAACAUCGGAAUAGCUUGUGCAUGCAUCCCGACAUUGAAGCCACUCAUUGUUCGCAUCCUGCCUGCCAUGCUUAUCGACCCAGAUGGCAGCCGCAGAGCCUUCGAUACUGCGGCAAAGCCACCGUCCGACUCCUCGAGACAUUGGAGCUCUGACGAAGGGCGUGCUGGAAUGCUUGGUUCGGCGCAAGGGAGAAUCUCUCCCCCCGAGGCAGCACAUAAUGCAAACCCACGUGAAACAGAGCCUGCAUACAGCGCGAUGGAGUUCUUAACAACGCCUGAGAUGACGGGCAUUGGCGGUCAAGGGGCGGCGACAGGCCUGGCACGAUCGAGGACGGCUAUGACAGCAGGCACAACGAACACAGCUACUGAGAACGGAGUCUUCUUUGGCUUUGUUAACAUCAAAAAGCCCAAGAGUAUAAUCCGCACGUCGGCAGCUGACUCUUGGAGAUAUUGCACCAUGGUCACUGUUCUCUUUCUGCUGUGGGGGUUUUCCUACGGCUUGCUGAAUACCCUCAACAACGCCAUAGCCUCCGUCGCGAGCAUGACCUCUGCCCAAACGAUCGGGCUUACCAGCAUGUAUUUUGGGGUGGGAUACUUCCUUGGACCUUUGGUCGUCGGCGAAUGGAUUCUGCGACGUGACGAGCAUCGACGGACCAAGAAGCAUGACGGCACACCGACUGUCGGUGGUUUCAAGGCUACCUUCAUUCUAGGGCUCUGCAUCUACGGAACCGGCACCAUCAUGUUCUGGCCAAGUGCUGUCUUGACUUCGUUUGCUGGCUUCAUGAUCUGCAAUUUUGUUGUAGGCUUUGGCCUAGCCGUGCUCGAAACGGCAGCAAACCCUUUCAUUGCACUCUGCGGCCCUUUGAACUACGCCGAGAUGCGACUCUGCCUCUCGCAAGCGUUCCAAGCCGUCGCUACUGUCAUAAGCCAGCUGCUAGCCCAGAAAGUGUUUUUCACAGGCAUUGGGGAAGAUGCCACAAGCUCGCAACUCUUGCUGGAUGUACAGUGGACGUACCUGGCGAUAACAUUGUUUUGUGUCGCUUUGGCGCUCUUCUUCUACUAUAUGCCUUUGCCUGAGGUAACCGACGCUGAAAUGGAACGAUCUACGAAGUAUCUUCCGAUCGACCCGAAGAAACGGAGUAUUGGUGGAUUGCAGCUGAGGACCUGGACCCUGAGCCUUGCCGUUCUGGCCCAGUGGACCUAUGUUGCAGGCCAGGAAAGCAUGAGCAUUUUCUUUAGAAGCAUCUUGACACCAACAGCAAAUGUUCAAUCAGAUACGACCUCGAAUGCUACAUCAAACGCCACGACGCAGGAAGUACAUCACCCGGCUUCUCUUGCUCUUACGAUCUCAGACUACCUUCUCGUUGCCCACACGGCAUUUGCCAUCUCACGUUUUCUUGUUGCAUACUUAGCAUACCUGUCUCCCACGCACCCGAAGGUUCCCCAGCCUCGAACCAUUCUCAACAUCAGCACGGGGCUCAGCAUACUAUUUGGAAUCCUUGUUGCCGCCGUACGACCAUCGAAUCCGAAUCUCGUUGCGAUUCCAGUCAUACUAUUCUUUUUCUCGGAAGGACCCAUGUGGCCGCUUAUCUAUACACUUGGACUCAGGGGUCAGGGAAAGCGUACAAAGAGGGCUGCCGCAUACAUAACUAUGGGAGCCUCCGGUCCUGCGUUUUGGCCAUUUGUGAUCUAUGCAAUCAACAGCAACGGAGCUAGCUAUCAGGUUGCAUUUACAGUGGUUCCGGCGCUCCUCGUGUUCACGGCACUGUUCGCGUUGUUCCUCGAUCUCAAGAAAGAUGCGAGAGCUCUCGUGGACGCUCGCGUUGACAAGGAGGAGCAGUCGAAGCUUCAAGCCGGCCAUCAGGAACAGAUGGGGUUGGACGACAUCAUUGCUCAACAGCAGCGAAGGCGAAACACCUCGGGUGCUACAGUCGAGUCUGGCUUCAUUAGGAAGCUCUCAACUGUUUUUACUGGCGGACUCAAGCCCCGAAAAGAAUCGAAUCCGUCAAGCGUCGAACAUCGGGAAGACAAGGCAAGAGAUGGGUUUGGGUGA